AACAUGAUGUCUCGUGCAUGUUGUGAAUGUUGUGAUUGUGAUGGUGAGCAAUGUACUUUGUCGAGAGUCGCAGAUAGAACGUAAUUAAUCAUAUUUUUCUCUCUGAUUUGAAGUUCAAAGUUUGUGCAGGUGCUUUGGAAGUUUGAAAAAGAGGGAUUUUUAGGCUGCUAAUUAUGUUGAAUUCCCCCAUGCUGAAGUCAUCCAUAUCAAAUUUACCGCUCAUCACCAGGUUUAUAGCAAAAGAUUACAGGAAUAGUGUUAGCUAGAGAACAAUCAGCAUGUAAUAGUAAUAAAACUACAAAAGUAAUUAUCAUCUCUCCAUCUCUUCUCUGCAGGCACUUUUUCAGCAGGUGCAUCAUGUACCCUGAUCAAUGGCGGCAAAGUGCCCCUAUACCUGUACAUAUCACCAUAUUGUAUUUGAUCUCCAUAAUAGGUUCGGCAAUAGCGGAUGUAUUAGUUUACUCAACACUAAAUCGUUCUUAUGAGGAUGUAGACUUUCGCGAUGCCCCAUCGAGGUUUGGUGGGUCAAUACCCUUCUUUGAUGGCAUUGAGGGUUUUGUUGUUUAUGCCAAUCCACCAAAUGCAUGCCAAAAAAUAAUGGGACCUCCACAAUAUUGGGACAACUACACAGGAAAAUGGUUUGUGUUAAUCAGUGCGGAAGGUUGCACCUUUGAGCAAAAGAUCCGUUGGGCGCAGGAUGCCAAUUACGACCUCGCCAUAGUACAUAAUGUAAAUUCUAGUCGCGUUGUUCCCAUGACUGUGGAUGACCCAACAGGCAUUGAAAUUCCUUCCACAUUCAUCAGUGAAGAGGCAGGAUUGAGGAUUCGGGAUGAUUAUCAGUAUCUGUUCCACUACACAAUAAUAAUUGACGACAGCCGUUUUCCUUUCGGUUGGAACACAAAUUUACUUAUACCGUUUAUAAUCAUCGUUGGAUUUUGUUUCUGUCCUAUUCUUGGAUACAUUAUAGUUAAUUUUAUCAAAGAGAGACGACGUGCGCAGAGACGCCGAUUACCAUCAUCUACGCUGAAGAAAAUACCCACUGAGAAAUUCAAGAAAGGAAGCCCAUACGAAACAUGCUACAUCUGUAUCAGUGAUUUUGUUGAAGGAGAGAGGGUUCGCCUUCUUUUGUGCUCGCAUGUCUUUCAUUGUGAAUGCAUUGACCUUUGGUUGACUCGCUACAGAAGAAUUUGUCCAACUUGUAAACGAAAAGUUUACUCUGCUGAUGAAGUGCAGGGUACAAAUGUAUAUCUUUCGGAUACAGAUAGCGAAUCAGAAACUGAUGAUCGCUCACCACUAAUUCGCUCAGGGACAACACAGACACAGGGUGGAACCUUUGGUUUAACUGAACAAGAGUUUCGCCGAUCGCUCAUCGCCUCAUUAUUUCGGCCAAUGGAGCAGUCUUCGCCGACGUCAUCCUCUUAUUCCAACACAAGCACCUGCAAUGAAGUGCCUUCUACAUCCAACUCUCAUGGCUCUCAACAGGCCGCCACCCCAUUCAAACACCCAUUCUUUGCCCCGAUGAUCAAUUCAAUUAACUCUGUGGACUCAAUCGGUACCAUUCCAGCGGCCAUUGCAACAGUUCCACCAUAUGCUAACCGUGCUCAUCAAUCCAGUAGCACAGAGCAGCCAACAUCAAAUUCAGAAGAAGCAACUGUAAGUGAUGAUACAACCGUUGUACCUCAAGGAAGCUCCUCGCAGUCGGAUAAGCCUGCUUCUGGGCUAGUUAUUUGAAAAGCAUAUCAAACAAAUUAUCAUUCCGAAAAUCUGAAAUUUUUGAAAACACUGUCCAGAUAGGUUAUAUUCUGACGCUUCUGUGGUCAGAUCGAUUUCUGCGAUCUACACAACCUGACUCAAACAUUGAUUGAACAAUGCUGAGUUGCUCUCCAGUUUUUAAGUAAGCAGUGGCAUCGAGAUUUAUAUCUCACCUCAACCUGCACUGGUUAUGGAUUAUGAUUGAGCGCAUCAAAUCCAGUUUCCUUCGGCCAGAACUUUCUUUCUACUUGUUGAAAGCAUUGAUGUUGGUGAAUGGCAUCUCUCAACAAUCAGUGAUUUUAGAAUAUAUUCAGCAAUGCCUAUAAUACUUGUGUAUUUCUCUUAAUAUUGUUUUUAUAAAACUUCAUGCCCUCCUUGUUUAGGAUUCAUGUAUUUUGUAAUGACUUCUACAGUCUAUCAUGUCUUUCAGCGUCUUAAAUGGAAUUUAAUAGACGUUCAGAUCAUUUAGUUUUUGAGAGGCAGACCUCUUCAAUAAACAGUGAGAGCAAGCUCUUGAUAAGACACCUCUUAGCCAUUUCAUUUUGAAAUUUCUCAUUGUGAGGUCCUAAACUAGACGUUUGUAGAACAAGUUGGUAAAAAACAACUCAAUUCAUUAACAACAUAUCGGCUGCCAACUCUGUUCUCAAAGAAACGCAAAGUAAAUAUGAAAUUGUUUAAAACUGUGUGUAAUAGGGUAAGCAAUUAAUACUCAACAUAGUCACUAAAUGUAUACCAAGUCAAGUCGAGUAAAUUCUGCGACUCUGGAGAAAAGUUUUACCGUCAUCUUUUGAAUCUGAAGUAAUUUAUGGAGCUGAAUCAGAGUGCACUUUUCUUCCCUGUCUGUCGAUUUUUUUAUAACCGUAGGUGAUCCCGAAUUUGGUUAGCCAAUUUUCAAUUCUAAAUCCUGCGGCCCGAUUAUUGAAACUAUUUUGGCUCGAUAAGACCUGAUGCAAUAAAUUGCAUUUCGAUGUGUAAUUGAAGUGCUUGAAAUUUUUACAAAUCAGUCUGCAGGGUCACUGUUUAUUUCUAUCGUUCUUUUAACUUCAUUUCCAGUUCAGUUUUGUUACCCUCUCUUUGUUUCCAUGCAAAUUCUCUAUGUGAAACUUAUGCGGGAAAAAGAAAGAAAACAAGUGCAAAAGAGCUCUCAUUGUCAUAUGAAGUUCAAGAAAGGAUGGGCACUGAAGAAAUACACGGUGAAUGGAUAGGUGAAUGGAGCAUUGGCCGUCUGAAUUUUUUCCAGGAGAAACCAAAAGAGAUGAUCUUGGAUUGAAUUUAGAUUCACAGCUUUCUAAACCUAACCUGCCUUAAAGUCACACACCUACCUAGAGGACUCCUUAAUUAAUUUUUCCUUAGCUCAAUAAUAGAUGGAGGACCCAAUUAAAACAGUUCCUUUGAUUUUCUAUUUAAUAGUUGGAUUCAGCUGAGGAAUAUUUAAUCUUUUUUCCCUCAGAAUGUUCUGUACAAUUAUUUACUGGAAGCACGUGGCUGUCAUAUUUCAAAUUUAUCGUAUUUAUUUUCUGUUUUAAAGAGUCUCCAUGUAUGUGUGGUGUGUCUCCAUUCUCUACAGCGCACAGGUUCGAUUCGUAGUGGAUGGAGUCUGUAAACAUUGAGAAAUUGGAAUGACUCCUUGUGUGAAACUUAUCAGAACCUGGAAAAUUAAUUUUCGUUCGAAUUCAUUACUUAACAUCUGCAAGAUUUCACUUUAGUGUGUAAUGCUGUUAUUGCAGUGGACGGACGUUGAAAUUUUUGAAGCUUUAUGGAAGUAUAUAUUGAUCCUUGUAACUGAUGACUGAUGAGACUCUACUUGCUAUUUUUAUCUUUUUGAUGAGGAAGAUGCCUGGAUAAAACUUCCAAAAGAAUGAUUAGCAUUGUAGGAUGUCGGAAAACAUACCCUUGACCAUAACUAUCUCGUAGUGCAAAACCAUUUAUCCUCAUUACAGCGUUUCAUAAUUUUGGAACCUAUUUUAUUUUUCAAAGAAAAACUAGCCAACUUUAUGGCUUGAAAUUUAUUUAAAAUAUAUUCUGGGAACAGAGCAGAUAAAUCGAGGAAGGUUCCAAGAAAUUACGUUGACUAGUUUUCCGAAGAAAAAUUACAGUACGACAGGAAGUCUGCUAUGUCAUAACUGGAGGUACAAUGUUUCGAACUUCAGCCAUAGAUAUUUUCCUCAAUGCAGUGGUAUCUCCUAUCACUCAUGUUUUUAUUUUUUUUUCUUUUAAAUAUGUGGACGAUCAGCAGUAGUCAAAAGUCUCAUCAGUUAUCAGAAUUAUUUUUAGAACUCCUUUAUUCCUCUUUGAAUGAGGCAAUGUACUAUAGUAAAGAAUGAUGAUUGUAAAAUUUUACCCAGAGCACAAUAAAUUUAUCCAUCUUGCGAUCCAUUUUACUGUCAAAAGGUAAUUAAAAUAAUAAUGGGGGCAUUGAUGAUUGAAGAAGGAAUAAAAUAUAUUUGACACACUGUUAAUUUUCAUGAGAUUUUUUUUCUUUGCAUUUAUGUGUGUUCUAUGAGCAAAUUAGCUUUUGACGACUCUCAUGUUGUGAAGUUUUCUUAGUCUUAAUUGGAGGUCUAGAGUAUUUUGAUUCAAUAUUACUGUAAGUAUUAGGACAAGCAAUUUUUCACCGAGUCAGUGACUUAAAUUUCAAGGGUGCCAUCUAAAAUCUUGCUCUUAAACUCAGUUUUUUAUUUUGCAUCCAACCUUAUCGGUUUUAUUGAUUGAUUUUUAGUCAGUCACAGACUUCAGUUUUAUUUAAGCCUCUGUGAAUCAAGUAUAUCUUCCUUCAUUAGAUCAUCAGAAUUACUUGCACACUGGUUUUCAAGCCAUCAGUUAAACUCAUUGUUUUUGUUCUGUAAAUAUUGUACCAUAUAAUGUAUUUUUAUAAGUCCACUUGUCGAGUUUACCUGUUGAAACUAUGUUCUGCGGAAAUCUUAUGUGAUAAGGUAUCCCUGUACGCAAUAGUGUAGGUGCUUAAUGUUUUUUUCUCUUAAUUAUCUGUCUGAAUGUGGUCUCUAAUUAAUACUUCAACAGUAGAAAAUAUCUAAAUUCUUGAGCUCUUCUUCUCCAUCUUAAAAUAGUGAGAAUGAUGUGUUAAACAAUUUAAAGGUGCGCUAGUUAUUCUACGCUCGUAGAAGAAUCAAUGCCUCUCUUGCUGAUUGUGCUUUCACCGAAUAAUUUUUUUCCUUAAUCAUAUUAUAAUUAUGAAGUAAGGAAAAAUCCUUCCUUUAGCAUGAGAAUUAAAAAUGUCAAAAAAGUGUCAUGAAAAUUUCAUGAAUGAGUGCACCGCUAUUUUCUUUCCCGGCUUUUUUUUGAUACCAGAAGAAACCUGCGCCCAUCUUACUUUUUUGCCCAUUCAAUAUUGACUGUACUGUUCAUUCACAAGACACUCAGUAGAAAUAUGUUCAAGUGUUUCCUCAAAAAGGAAUAAGAAGGUACAGAAUUCCAGUAAUAUUAAAACCGAAACAUGCCUUUUCAAUCAGGAAAUUUUUCAUACAUUGCUUUUGACAAUAAUAGGAUCAUCAGUAUUAAUUUUGCUGUGUAAAAAUCAGUGAUCAAAGUCCUUUAUCCCUCAUAUUUGCCGUGCCUUUCCAAUGGAAUCUCCUGAAAUCUAAGGCAAUGAAGUUCAUAAAUUAUGGCUCUCUUGUCUCUUUCCGUCUUGGUUUUGCAAGACUGGCUUAAUCCAUGGGAUAAAAUAUCCAAAUUGUUUCCUUCUCCCAUCAAAUUAAAAUUAAUUCUACUCUAAAUCCUCAAACAUGAAAAAAUCCUCCUUCAGUAGCAAAUGAAUAAUUUAUUAAAAUAAUAACCAAUCUAACCGCUCCAUUGUUUUUCUGCUGUUCGAAGUCAUUCUAAAUCUAAGCUUGCAAAACAACAAAAGUAUAUCUCUAAUCAAUCAGAAAUAAAAUCCUCUACCUAUUGUA